UCACCGGGACCCGCUCCGCCCCUGGGCCCGGCCCCGCCAGCGCAGCACAGCCCGUUGGCCCCGAGGAGGCCCCAGGGAGGCGAGGGCUCCCCGCAGACAGGGAGCCGGCUCGGAGGGGAGGAAGGCCCAGGGCAGCACCCCCGGGGGGGGCGGGGGGACGGGGGACCCGCCGCUGCGGCCGCUGGAACCCGACCCGGGCGCCCGGCCCGUCCCCGGGGCAGCGCGUUCAUCACGGGGCCUCACCCCGCCCCGCGGACUUUGCCCUGGAAGCCGCAGGAGCCGAGGAGCGGCGGCCCUGGGAGCCCCAGCCCGAGCCCCAGCCCCAGCCCGAGCCCGCCGGCGACCGCCCGACGCCCCGAUGGCCAAGUUCCUUUCCCAGGACCAGAUUAAUGAGUACAAGGAGUGCUUCUCCCUGUACGACAAGGAGCAGCGCGGCAGGAUAAAAGCCACUGACCUCCUGGUGGUGAUGAGGUGCUUGGGUGCCAGCCCAACGCCAGGGGAGGUGCAGCGCCACCUGCAGAGUCACAAGAUCGACAGAGAUGGGGAGCUGGAUUUCUCCACUUUCCUGACCAUUAUGCACAUGCAAAUAAAACAAGAGGAUCCAAAGAAAGAAAUUCUCUUGGCCAUGUUGAUGGCAGACAAGGAGAAGAAAGGCUACAUCAUGGCAUCCGAGCUACGGUCCAAACUCAUGAAACUAGGGGAGAAACUCACCCACAAGGAAGUGGAUGAUCUUUUCAAGGAAGCAAAUAUAGAACCAAAUGGCAAAGUGAAGUAUGAUGAAUUUAUCCACAAGAUCACCAUUCCUGUGUGGGACCACUGAACGAAGAAAACGCGAGAGAGCACCUCCCCCGGGCCUGAAAAUUCAGACUGAGAAGUGUUUUUAAAAA